GCCAACUUGUUUGAAUAGAUGACUACCAGAGACCGAACUGCAAUAUUCAAAAGAUAUAGAGAAGAGUCUGUUGUUGCCAAAAGAAGACGCUCAGGAAAUGAUGGUAUUCAAACUAUAGGCAACCAAUCUUUAAGUGGCAACCACAAGGAAUUGGCACCUUUCCUUAACAAAGGUAUAUUCGUUGCAAGCCUUGGCUGUGACAACCUAUUCAUCAAAUGCGCAUUUGUAGGUUCCAUUCAAACUGACUCUCACACCGUAUUUUUACCCCCUCAGUGGUUAGACUGGUAUGAAGAACUCAGCAAUAGUGUUGAUUCGGUUACGCACCAGCUAGCCCAACUUGAGUCGUUACAACAAAACCACCUUUUACCCGGAUUUGAAGAGAGAUCUGAUGAAGAAAGUCAAAUUAGCGAACUAAGUCGCAAUAUUACUUUACUUUUGCAGCGUUCCCAAGAAAGAAUAAGACUGUUGGCACCGUCAAGUAGUGAACCGAAUAUUUCUAGCGAAGAGAAGUUAUUAAGAACAAACGCGCAAAAGUACUUUGCCUCAAAACUGCAGGAGCUUUCUCUUUCUUUUCGUAGAAACCAAAAAGAGUAUUUAAGGAAGUUGCAAGGUCAAAAUGCUUUGGUAGAAGAAAGUACCGAUGAGAAUCCGCUCUCUACAAGUUUAGAAUUGGAAGAAUAUGAUCCUGGUUUUACUCAGGAACAGGUUAUGCUAUUGGAAAACUCGGACCAGGUUGCAAGUGAACGACAGAGAGAGAUUAUGAAGAUAGCUUCUUCUAUCAACGACCUAGCAACAAUAGUAAAGGAUAUUGCUUCGUUGGUCAUUGAUCAAGGCACCCUGUUGGAUCGCAUAGACUACAAUGUUGAAGAAAUCGAAGUUUCAACAGAAGGUGCAGUUAAAGAGUUGGAAAAAGCUAAGCGGAGUCAAAAGAAAGGUUUGGCAUUUUUCUUAAUUCUUAUUCUUUCCAUUGGCUGUGGCAUAAUGUUUUUAUUGUUACUUGCCAAAAUUUUCCGUUAAUUUCACAGCAUCUUAAAUUUUCCUUUCUUCGGCCAAAUCAAAAUAUCCCCUUUUGAUAUAAAAAUCCACCACAAUAUCUCUUCCGCGAAAGAAAUGGGAUUCUAGAAGACGACCUACUCGUUGAGUUGGGGUGUAGAAGAAGUUUUUCACUUGGACAGUGCUUCUAUUGAGUAGGCAGCUUGAGGUUGUUUUGGUUUUCAAUAGAGUUUCGUUAUUUGUUUUUCUGCCGUGCACAGUUAGUCGCUGAAUUUCUCUAGCUCGCUUCCCCAACAUAUAUAAAGACUUCACCAAAGCGAGUAGUUCUUGCCUAGCGUCCGUAACAAGAAAUAAUUCAAGUUUGUGCUCUAUUAACGCAAAUUUUACAUUUCUCGUUGUCAAAUCACGUCAUAAAGUUGUCAAUCAGACG